CAUCACAAACAGUUCAUCUCCUAGUUGUCGACGAAACCAAAAUGCCAGUUUUUUCUCUCCUCUUCGCCCUCUCCGCCCUCUCCGCCCUUCGUUCCUGCGAGGGCGCGGCCAACGACGGCCUGAGAGCGCUUCCUUGCCCAGACCCCGCGGACAUCUUCCCCUGCGUCUGCACCACAGGCUCUGAGAACCACAUGACCAUGGACUGCUCUGAUCUGGCUAGCGAGGACGAGCUGGCCCGCGUCUUCUCCUCCAACCUUCCGUUCACGAAGUUCCACCUCCUGAAGAUCGAAGAAAACCAGAAUCUGCGCGUCCUGAGGGAAGGAGACCUCGGCCCAGCUUCUUUCUCGGUCAUCAUUAUAAACGGGGGAGUCCUUGAAGAAGUCCAAUACGGCGCCUUUGCUGGGAGCUACUCGACAGCUGAAGUCAUAGACCUGUCACGUAACGCGCUGACGGAAUUCCCAUUCUACGAACUGCCUUUGUUUACUUCUCUUUCGACAGUUGCAGUGGACAACAAUGUAAUUUCCUCCAUUCCCGUUUUACAGUCGGCCAGUCUAAAGGACCUUAAUUUUGGUAAUAACAUAGACACGAUUUUUCCAGAAACCUUCGCAAAUCUUCCUCUCCUCAACUAUGUAAUACUUUUCGAUAACAAUCUAAGCAACGUCCCCAAAGGCGCAAUAGCAUUCAGCAGUACAGACAAUGGAUAUGUAGAUUUGAGGUCGAACAUCAUCGGCAGUAUUGAAGUUGAUGCUAUUACAGGUCUCAAUGCGGGGACGCUGUAUCUUAAUGGAAACUCACUCUCGGUUUUGGAGGAGGACGUCUUCCGGCCAAUUCUUGAAGGAGGAGCUACUGUCUACCUGAAUGAAAACCCUCUCCAAUGCGGCUGCGACGUCGCCUGGCUCGUCCUGAACCCUGCCCUUUUGGCUCUCACCCCGGAAGCCACCUGUAACGACGGCGAGGCCCUGGAAGAUCUAGAUCCAAGCAUUUUCGAAGACCUCUGCUAGCUGUGCUCAGAUAUGACCUUCUCUUCAUUCUUUUCUCUAUUUCUUUCGGUGCUCUUCCCUCUUUUUCUGAUUCAUUUGUCUUUCUCUGUAUCAUCUUCUCUGACUUUCCCUCUAUUUCUCUAUCCUUUUAGAUAUUAAUUGUAUGAAAAAAAAGUUUUCGAGGUUGGAUAUUAAAAUGGUGACGGUUCUCAAAAGAUUAUUUAUGCCAAUUGUAGGGAUCGUCAUAAUAGUGAACACAACAGUAGUAAUCCAGCGGCAACAAUAGUAAUGCUGAUAAUAGCAUUAGU